AUGAAGACUUUCGCAACCGCUCUGUCCCUGGCGCUGCCCGCCGCGGCCGUGACCAUCAGCGAGAUCAACGGAAAUGCCUUUCUUUCUCCAUAUGAAGGCGAAACCGUCUCCGGCGUGGAAGGUCUUGUAACAGCAAUUGGAGAAGACGGUUUCUACCUGCGCUCGACGAGCCCUGACUCCGACGAUGCGACUUCCGAGUCCAUUUACGUCUACGGGAGUAGCUCCGUCUCUAAAGUCAGCGUUGGAGACAUCAUCACUCUUAGCGGAAAGGUGUCCGAGUACCGCUCUUCAGACGACUACCUUUACCUGACGGAACUCACAUCCCCAUCGAGUAUCGUCGUGCAGUCCACCGGGAACAAGGUCGCUCCGGUAGUUAUUGGAAAGGAUCGCUCGCCUCCGACAGAGGCGUACUCUAGUCUUGACACCGGCGAUGUUCUUGCCGUGCCGAACAACGUUAGCCAGAUCUCUGUGGACAACCCGGUUCUUCAGCCGGAGUCUUAUGGCAUGGACUUUUGGGAGAGUCUCAGUGGCGAGCUCGUCUCGCUUACUGGCUUGACUAUCAUUACGAAGCCGAACCAGUACGGUGACGUCUUCGUGCGCGGAGACUGGGCUGUGACCGGGUUGAACGGUCACGGUGGAUUGACUCAGACAGCAGACGGUGAGUACUGCGGAAUAUUAUCUCACGACCCGGCUGACAAGAUAGACUCAAACCCCGAAGCCAUCAAGAUCGGAUCGCCCCUCGACGGAACAAGUAACUCCGACUCCUCUAGGGUCGGCGACACUGUUGAAGAUGUCACGGGUGUUGUGCAGUGGAAGUACGGCCAGUACAUGGUCCUUCCAUCCACAGCCCUCAAGGUCACCGGCUCAGACGACACCGUCGCCUCAGCCUCAAGUCUCACCGGCGACGGGACCUGCAAAGCCCUUGCAAUCGGCUCGUACAACGUCGAAAAUCUGAGCCCCUCUUCCGACACCAUUGAGGCCAUUGCUGACCACAUCGCGAACUAUCUCAACGGACCGGCGAUCAUGUGUCUGCAGGAGAUCCAAGACAACGACGGCGAAACGGACGAUGGCGUCGUCGACGCAAACGUCACACUUUCCACCCUCGCAGACCUUAUCUCUGCAGCUGGUGGCCCAGAAUACGACUUCACCGAGAUCGCUCCAAUUGACGGCGAGAACGGCGGCGCACCAGGCGGCAACAUCCGCGUCGCAUACCUGUACGAUCCUAGCAUCGUGCAGCUGCGCAACCCUAAUCCCGGCACAGCUUCCGAGGCAAACGAGGUCUUGUCCGGCCCUGAACUGAAGUACAACCCCGGUCUUAUCGCCCCCACCAACGAGGCGUGGGAUGCAUCGCGCAAGCCCCUCGUCGCCGCCUGGGAGACCGUCGAUGGGAAGAACACGUUCUUCACCAUCAACGUUCACUUCGCCAGCAAGGGAGGCGGCUCAUACCUCCAAGGCGAUGAGAGACCACCUGUUAACGGCGGCGUGGACCAGCGCACCUCGCAGGCUGAAAUUGUCGCUUCCUUCGUUGCAUCCAUCCUUGCGGAAAACUCCUCCGCCAAGAUCCUAGCAACCGGCGACUUCAACGAAUUCUCCUUCGUGCAGCCGCUCACGACUUUUGCUUCCAAGUCGGGUCUUACCGAGCUCGAUGAGGUCGUCGGAAUUGACCCUCUCGAGCGCUACACGUACAUCUACGAUAGCAACCACGAGCAGCUCGAUCACAUUUUUGUGAGCGAGGCUCUCGGGGAGGGCGCGCAGAUGGAACAUAUCCAUGUUAACACCUGGGUGAACUAUGACGAUGCGCCGUCGGACCAUGAUCCUACGGUGGCGCUUUUCAAUGUUUGUGAGUGA